AUGAAGGUACAACCUCUUAAGUGCACUGGCGAGCAAGCCCUUAAAAUUCCACAGGAAUGGUACCAGGAUGGAGAACUUCUCAUUGGUGGAUUGAUGUCCCACAUCCAUUACUUGUUUCCCGAAAUUGGUUUCAAGCGACAUCCUUUUGAGGAAUCUGUUGACCUCCCAUUUGUGAUAACCAAGUUCUAUCAACACGUCUUGGCUUUAGUGUUUGCCGUGAAAGAGAUCAACAAGGAUCCCGACAUCUUGCCCAACAUCACUCUAGGAUUCCACAUCUAUGACAGCUACUCCGAUGCACUAAUGACCUAUCGUACCACUCUGGACCUGCUUUUUAAGUUGCAUAAAAUUGUCCCUAACUAUAUUUGCGGGACUGAAAAGAAAAUUGUGGGAAUCAUCGGAGGGAUG